CACGGCCACCUAAUUUUUUACAAACAUCUGCGUUGAGGACCCGUUUGACCGUCACUAGUUAAUCUUACUGCGGCUCGUUUUGUUUUUAAGUUUAUUUCCCCUCGUCACCAGCCUGCAGUAUAACUUAUCGACAUUACUUGAUAUUCCUCUCUAUUUUAAACACCACAAGCAACACCAUCAGCAUCAGAGGGACUGACAGGGGAUUCCAGGUGACUCCAGGUGGAUUCCAGGUGACUCCAGGGGGAUUCCAGGUGACUCCAGGGGGAUUCCAGGUGACUCCAGGGGGAUUCCAGGGGAUUCCAGGUGACUCCAGGGGGAUUCAAGGGGUUUCAAUGAGACUCCAGGAGAUUCCAUGUGACUCCAGGGGGAUUCAAGGGGACUCCAUGGGAUUCAAUGUGACUCCAGGGGAUUCCAGGUGACUCCAGGGGGAUUCAAGGGGAUUCCAGGUGACUCCAGGUGGAUUCCAGGGAGACUCCAGAUAGAUUCCAGAGCAUGACCUAGAAAAUCUGCUGCCAGGUUCGAAGCUCAGCGUUUCGUCCUGAGGAGCCUGAAAGUGGGUCGACCUGCGGGCCUCGUCAGCCGGGUCGCUGCGGUUUAAGGAGGAGGAUCAAACGCUUUCAGGUGGUGACAUCACAGCGAGGCGCAUAAAACACUCGGCUGUUUACACCGGACCAUCAGAACCGGGCAGGACGCCGCAGACACACAUCCACGCCUGACCUCCAACUGAGCCCUGGGAACCUAGCAGAACAGAACCGGACCAAUCAGAGACAAACAGAACCAGCAUGUUUCCAGCAGCUAACGGCUCCAGAGUGACGGUCAUCGGUGCCGUCGUCAUGGUAAUGAUGUUGAUGAUGGCGGAGGCGGCGUCGACGCACCUUAGGAGACGCUCCGACAGCUCAGUGGAGCAAACCGUAUCUCUGCACCUGGACCCGGCCCUGCUGCUGCCCAGCCGGAACCCGCGGCCGCUGAACAACGCCUCCAUCUCGCCCUGGACCUACAAUACAUCCCAUGACGAGUCUCUGUUCCCGCCCACGCUGUCGGAGGCGCGCUGCCUGCUGAAAGGCUGUUUGGACCUGGAGGGGAAGGAGGACCAGAACCUGCAGUCCCGGCCCAUCUGGUACCAGGUGAUGGUUCUGAAACGGGUCAGGACAGAGGGGGCGGAGCAUAGCUACCACUACCGCCUGGAGACCCGCAACGUCCCCGUGGGCUGCACCUGCGUCCGGCACAUGGUCCAUGUGCAGGAGUGAAACCGGGUCCAGAACCAGGUCCAGAAGCUCUAGUUCCGAGUCUCUGGCUUCUCUGAAGUUUUGCAUCAAAUUGUAUUAACUGCCCACUAAGUUUGGCGUCAGGAGGCGUCCCGCCUUGUUGGUGCUUAUUUAACUUUUAUUUAAUGGUUUGUGACCUUCAGCAGAUAUUUAUUAUUAUUACUGAUGUAUUUAUUAUCCAGAUCAAUAAAGUUCAGACA